AUGGUUUCUGUUAAAUCAAGAUCUGUGAGGUUUCAUGAUGAUCUUGAAAAAGAGAAAUUAAAGGAAGUUGAAGAAAAUCAAAUGGAAACGGCGACGUAUGAGAUGAGCAAUCAACACAAGCAUGUAAGGGAUGCGAAAACCAAGUUAUCAUCAAGUGUAAAAGAACUUUCAAGAGUGUUUUCUGAAGAUUACGACGCAGAAGAGAUUUUAAUAUUAGAUCCUAGAGGACCUAGAGUGAAUUUAUGGAACAAAAUAUUCUUAGCAGCGUGUUUGAUAUCGUUGUUUGUGGAUCCGCUUUUCUUUUACUUACCUGUUGCUACGAAAGAAAAGUGCAUUGAUAUGUCACUUGGUCUUGAAGUUUCGCUUACCAUAAUAAGGUCAUUGGUUGAUGCAUUUUACAUUGUUCAGAUUUAUGUUAAGUUUCAAACCGCUUAUAUUGCUCCUUCGUCUCGUGUUUCUGGUAGAGGUGAACUCAUUAUUGACUCCUCAAAGAUUGCAUCAAAUUAUCUCAGUAGAGACUUUUGGUUUGAUCUUGUUGCCGCACUUCCACUUCCUCAGGUACUGAUUUGGGCUGUGAUUCCAAAUCUGAGGGGUUCAGAAAUGAUUGCAUCGAGGCAUAUAUUGCGCCUCGUGUCCAUUUUCCAGUACUUAUUGAGGUUGUAUCUUAUUUAUCCUCUAUCGUCUGUAAUUGUCAAGGCGAAUGGAGUCAUGAUGGAAAAAGCUUGGGCUGGUGCAGCUUAUAAUUUGACACUAUAUAUGCUUGCUAGUCAUGUUUUAGGAUCUACAUGGUACCUGUUAUCGAUUGAAAGACAAGAUGAAUGCUGGAAGAAAGCUUGUACACUUGAAUUUUCACAUUGUCGGUAUCAUUAUCUUGACUGUCGAAGCCUUGGUGAUCCGAAUAGGAAUUCUUGGCUUAGAUCAAGCAAUGUCUCGGGUUUAUGUGAUAAUAACAGCGCCUUCUUUCAGUUUGGAAUUUUCGCCGAUGCUUUGACUUUGGAAAUAACUAGCUCGAAAUUCUUAAACAAAUACUAUUACUGUCUUUGGUGGGGAUUGAGGAAUCUAAGCUCUGCAGGACAGAAUCUAUUAACAAGUACACAUGUUGCAGAGAUAAAUUUUGCUGUGAUUGUUGCAAUUCUAGGAUUGGUGCUUUUUGCACUGCUCAUAGGCAAUAUGCAAACAUACCUUCAAUCGACCACUAUACGGUUGGAGGAGUGGAGAAUAAGAAGGACAGAUACAGAAAGAUGGAUGCAUCACAGGCAGCUCCCUCGUUAUCUGAAGCAAAAUGUUCGACGUCAUGACCAGUUUAGAUGGGUCGCUACUCGUGGUGUUGACGAGGAAGCUAUUCUUAGAGACCUUCCCGUGGAUCUAAGACGUGACAUUAAACGCCACCUUUGCCUUAAUCUAGUUAGACAAGUACCACUAUUUGAUCAGAUGGAUGACAGAAUGUUAGAUGCAAUAUGUGAAAGGCUGAAGCCAACUCUAUGCAGUCCCGGAACUUGCAUAGUUCGCGAAUGUGACCCUGUCAACGAAAUGCUCUUCAUCGUUCGAGGACGCCUAGAUUCUUGCACAACCAACGGUGGCAGAACUGGUUUCUUCAACACCUGCAGAAUAGGCUCGGGCGACUUCUGCGGCGAAGAGCUUCUCCCAUGGGCCUUAGACCCUCGUCCAACCGUCGUACUUCCUUCUUCAACUCGAACAGUAAAAGCCAUCACCGAAGUUGAAGCUUUUGCACUCAUUGCCGAGGAUUUAAAGUUUGUAGCAGCGCAAUUCCGCCGCUUACAUAGCAAACAACUGAGACAAACCUUUAGAUUCUAUUCACAUCAGUGGAGGACAUGGGCGGCAUGUUUUAUACAAGCGGCUUGGUUUCGGUAUAAAAGAAUGAAAGAGAUAAACGAAGUUAAGGAAAAGGAGAAUCUUAUGAUGAUGGCAAAUGUGAAGUAUUAUGGACAUGAUGAUUCUCAAUAUUUUUCUGCACCUUUGCAGGCUCCAAUGGGAUCAAGUUAUUCAAUGUAUUCCGGAAAACUUGUAGGUAGUUUAAGGAAAGGUAGGAGUAUGAGAUAUGGAUCUGAACUUGAUCUUCUUGGUGCAUUAAGGAAGCCUCUUGAACCAGAUUUUAAUGAUGAUGGUGAUUAA